AUGAAGUUCUUCUCUCAGACGGGGAUAAAUGUUGUGAAAGCUUACUUCAAACGGAAUUGGAAAAGAGAAGAUCUAACAAAUAAAGGGAAAAUUCUCGUAGACGCUCACAUAUGCUUGAAGAAGAUUUAUCUUACCCUUUUCUGUGCCCUGUUGAGCUCUACUAUUGGAUCCUUCUUCCAUUUGAUCUGGGACGUAGGGGGCUUGUUCACUUUCCUUACUGCUGCUGGGACUAUUUUCGUCCUUUUCACUACAUCGAUAUUACUAGUGAGGAGGAGGGUCUUAUUGUUGAUGACUGUUGCCUAUUUCAUUGGGGCUUCGGUUGGCCUUUUUACCAGAUAUCUCUUCGGAAUUGAUCAAGGAGUUGUUUUCAGCUAUUUGGUUAGUAUAACAAUAAGCUUUGGUACUUUCUGGUUGGGAUCGAUGUUAACAAGGCGCAGGAGCCUAUAUGGCCGUUGCCUGCUUGUCUCUGAUAUCCUAAUGCUCGUAUGGCUUCUCAUUGCUUCUGACAUCUUUGGCGGCCACACUGCUCGUUGGAUUCUACUGGUAUAUUUUGUGCUUGUAUGUUACACGGGGUACUUUGUGGUAUACAGCAAAGAGGUGAUGUCUGAUGCUCGUUUUGGAGAUGUGGAUUUUGUAGACCGCGCAUUCACCCACUUGUUCCAUUUACCAGCCAUAUUAGGCCAUUAUAUUCCGCUACGCUUGGCUGCAGUAACUGAGAACUACAAACAGAAAAAGCUUUGA